UUAAAAUGUGUUCACAACAUAAUUGGCACAAUCUUGUUGGGUUUGUUUUGUUUCAACUACGACGACAAUUGAUUUCAUCUUGGUCAGUCUUUGAGAAAGGCACACGAACAGGAUGAUCGCUCUCGUCACGGGUUUAAUACCACCGGCCUCGAUGCAGAUCGGUGGAGGUCUUAAGACAGGCCCCUUGCUUCUUAUGAUGCUGACCCUCUCCCCGAGAAAAGCUGUUUCCUCGUUCACUCCUGCCGAUGUUCGUUUUAGCUUCAAAUGGCUUGCGGUCGAGUUCAAUGUGCAUUUCGUGGAUCGGGUGGUAGGCGAGCAGAGAGUUUCAAUUGGCAGGCCAGUAGUAUACCACCACACCCAGUUUAGAGCCAGAAUGCCGAUUUUCUCUUCUUCGGCAUGCAGAACGAUGCUGUAUGGUGUGAAUGGUGGAAAUUCCGCUCCAGUGUCCGGACACAGGGAGGGCGUGCCUCCGUCAGUGGGGAAUGAGCAGCUGGAGUACGGUUCAUCGGGAUUGAGCAACAAUUACUCGAACGAUGAGAUUCCUUUUCUCGUUUGAGUCUCAGCCUCGAUUGAAGCCAACCCCUGUUGUUCAGACAGCACGAGACUUUGGAACAUGGGCGGAGUGCUGAGUCGUUCUCCAACCCUCCUUUGGCAAUAAUCGCGCAACCAAUACUUAACAUGGUCUUUCCAUGCAAUUAUGCACACUGCUGAGAGCCAACUUCUCUCCCAGUCGACCGAGUGACCUCGCUUACAGUGUCGGACAACCCACUUCGGAUACACAGACGGGCUCUUUGAGAGUGUCACAUAAGACCGUCUAACGCUAGCUCCGUGCCGGAAGAAGCCCAAUAGAACCUCGACAUUCUGCGUCUAUUUCUUCUCAACGAAUAAUUUGGUCUAGAUAGUCCCAUUAUCGACACGAUUGCAUAAACUUCAGCAUCUGCAUCACCAAUGUCAGCUCUCAAUGUACUCGUGACAAUCCACUCGGCGAGGAAUCGCUAUUUGAUGCGAUCUGCUGUUUUUGAUUUCGUUGGUCUCCCAGGUGAGGGAGGGUGGGUUGCGCCGGCCAAGGAGGUAGUGCAAUUCCGAGGCGACACUAGCAGAUCCUCGACAGCAAGCUGCCGAAUUGGACCCGCACCCUGAGAGAAAUAAGAUUAAUAUCGUGAGGGUCGAGGACGCUCGUAACAUCUCCAACAGGGGAUUUGUUUUCUCGUCCCAGAGAGCUCU